ACUAAUUAUCAAAAAAGAAAUAUGGCCGAAUAUUUGACCUGCUUCACUCUACACUUCUCUAGUUCUCUCUUUCUCAAAAUUUUCUGUAUCUCAAGUCAUUAGUCAUCAGCCGCAUCCAUUGUCACCAGUCACCUCAAUUCCUCAAGUAACACGAGGUCGCGAGAGCCCAACCAGUGAGCCAGAGAAGCCUCCCCGCCGGCGGCCACCCACCUCAACGCGUUCCCAUCAGGAACUCCGGCAGCCGCCCACCUCACGAGUCACCAUUCACCAUUCGUAUUUCGGUCCUGUCCAUUCUUCAAGGACGCAAGUACGCAACUCACGCUCACCGGCUCACGCAAGGUUUUAAGAUGGACGAUGCUCGACUCAUGAAAGGAGACAAGCUAGUAUUAAGGGGGUUGAAGUUUCAUGGUUUUCAUGGAGUGAAACCUGAAGAAAAAACAUUGGGUCAGAAAUUUGUAGUGGAUGUGGAUGCCUGGAUGGAUCUUCGCAAGGCUGGCAUAUCAGACUGCUUGUCUGACACUAUCAGUUACUCUGAGAUUUAUCGGAUAGUGAAGGAGGUAGUUGAGGGAACUUCUCGGGAUCUUUUGGAGUGUGUAGCUCACCAAAUUGCAUCUACUACCUUUAUUAAGUUCCCUCAAAUAUCUGAUGUACGUGUAGAGGUUAAAAAGCCUCAUGUUGCAGUUCAUGGCCAGAUAGAUUAUUUGGGAAUUGAAAUUUUCCGCUCAAGAUCCGCUGAAUAAUAUGAUCUUGCUCCCUUUUGUUUAUUUUUAUAUUAAUAUUUCUGUUGCGUUUUCUCCUGUCCGUCCGAUGCGUUUAAACAUGUAAUGCUGAAUCUUAAGCUAAUAUUGGUCUGAGUUUCUGGGCAGUCAGCUGUUUGCAGUCCAAUCUUUUUUCCAGUCUCUUCUUAUGAUCAUACCAGUUUGUGUGCAAAUUGCAGAUCACAGUAUAAAUGUACAAUCCUGAGUUUUAAGGUAUAAAUAUUGGUUCGGUGUAUGGUUCAAUUUGUACGGAACACUUAAUUCUGUUAUGUUCAAUUUGUAUGAAAUGUUUAAUUAUAUUUUUGUUCAA